AUGCUGCAGCUCCCGGCCCUGUGGCUCGGGCUCGGGACCCUGCUCUGCCUGCCCCACAGCCCCGCCGGCCGGCCCAGCACCCAGCGCCUCAGCAAGGGCGUGGACUGGCUGACCCGCUACGGGUACCUGCCCCCCCCAGACCCCAUGCAGGCCCGACUCCAGACCGAGGAAGGGCUGCACGAUGCCGUCAGAAUGAUGCAGAAAUUUGCGGGACUGCAGGAGACGGGGAUUCUGGACGACAGGACCCUGGCGAUGAUGGACCAGCCGCGCUGCUCCCUCCCCGACAUCAUCGGCACCUCAGAGCUGAUGCGCCGGCGGAAGCGUUACGCCCACAGCGGCAGCGUCUGGCCCGUCAAGGAGCUGACCUGGAGGGUCCGCUCCUAUCCCCAGGCGUCCGGCCUGCCCCGGGACCACGUCCGCACGCUGCUUUUCUACGCCCUGCAGGCCUGGGCCAACGCCUCGGCCCUGAGCUUCCGCGAGGCGCCCGGCGCCGGCGCCGACAUCCUGGUGGAGUUCAGCCGCUCCUUCCACGAGGACGGGUACCCCUUCGACGGGCCGGGCAGCACCCUGGCCCACGCCUUCUUCCCCGGGGAGCACCCCAUCUCCGGGGACACCCACUUCGACGACGAGGAGACCUGGAUCUACGACCCCCAGGCCACGCAGCAGGGUGGCGGCACCGAUCUCUUCGCCGUGGCGGUUCACGAGUUCGGUCACGCCCUGGGCCUGGCCCACUCCUCCACCAAGGGGUCCAUCAUGAUGCCCUAUUACCAGGGCCCCGUGGGGCUGCCCCACCUCUACCAGCUGCCUCCCGACGACGCCCUGGGCAUCCAGACCCUGUACGGGAGGAGGCAGCUGCACCCGGGGGAGGACUCGCCGGCGCGGCCCAUCCCCACCCAGCCCCGCAUCCCCGACCUGCCGCCCCACAGACCCACCCAGCAGCCCCGCCCGCCGGCCCCCGAUCGCUGCCAGGCCCAUUUCGACGCCAUCGCCAACAUCCGCGGGGAGGUUUUCUUCUUCAAGAAGAAGCAUUUCUGGAGGAUGCAGCCGGCCCGUAACCUGGUUUCCCUGGAGCCAGCGCAGACGCAGCGCUUCUGGAUGGGGCUCCCCCCGGAUUUUGAGGCGAUCGACGCCGUCUAUGAGCGGAGUAAUGACAGCAAGAUCAUCUUCUUCAUUGGGCAGCAUUUCUGGGUCUUCACUGACACCCGGGUGGAUCCGGGGUCUCCCCGCCCCAUCACCGACCUGGGGCUGCCCGAGGGGGUCACGGUGGAGGCGGCCUUCGUCUGGGGGCACAACGGCAAGACCUACUUCUUUGAGAGCUCCCACUACUGGCGCUUCGACGACCGAGCUGGAAACGUGGAGCCCGGGUACCCCAGAUCGGUGACCCUCUGGAAGGGGGUCCCCGCUGGGCUGGAUGACAUCAUCAGCUGGAACGAUGGAAGCACCUACUUUUUCAAGGGCACCCAGUACUGGCGGUUUCUGGGGGGCAGCGUGGAGGCCGAGAGCGGGUACCCCAGGUCAGCCCCCCAGGACUGGAUGUACUGCCCGGGUUCCCCCACCGCAUCGCCGGCCCCGGGGCCCCGGGGAGGAAGCAGGGAGCCUGGAGGUGGCCAGUGUCUCUGCAGUGGGGCCCUGCCGGGCCCCCUGCCGGCCUUCCUGACCUGGGCCCUGGCUCUGGCAUGGGCCCUGCGGUGACACCCGCUGUGCUGCGCCGAUGCACUUUACGCCCCACCGCAUCCCACCGCUGGCACCACGGGGCAGCUGUGUGCACAGAGGGGGUGUCUGUGUGCAGUAUCCCACCGCUAACA